AUGGAGAAUCAAAAGAGCUCAGUUAAUACGAAAGCGACCACUGUUGAUGAAAUCAAUAUUGGCCCAAUCGGCAACACACAAAGUAGAGAAGAGAGCAGUAUUUCGGAAUCUGAGAGACCCUCUCUCGUUAGGUAUAGAAAUCUCAGAUAUAAUAUUCUCAAAAGUCUCGAUGAUAAAACCGUCAGUGAUAUAGAUUUCCCAGAAUUAGAAUUAUGCUCUGAAUGUAAUAACGACAUUUUGACAUUUCCUCUCAGAGAGUUCACCCGACUACGCUGUGGGCACAUUUUUCAUAGACUUUGUGCUGAAAAAAAGCUUAUGCUUAAUAAUAUAGAAAUCACAGAAAUAUUUUCUACUAUUGUGAAUUAUCCGAUUGGCCAAUUGCCAGAAUCGAAUGUUAUUAUUCAAGAUUCACCAUUAUUCCAAUCAAGCAGAACUUUGGCCUUAACUAACAUGAUGAGCAAAAGGCGUAUGGAAGGGGUUGAGAAUAUAGGAACUCAACAGAUGGGAAGUCAAUUAAGAUGUGUUAAAUGUUCUGAGAACCUUUCUUUGUAUCUUCCUCCUCUAGGCUUUCUUCGAACCUUUUCUCAUCCUCCACCAAAACCUCUCGUAUACUUAACCUGCAAACAUAUCAUCCAUUACAACUGUAUCGAUAAUCCAGGAAAGCUAUGCCCUAUAUGUCCAUCAACUGAUAUGGAAAUUGAUGACGAUGAUAUGGUAGCUGUCGCCCAAGAGUCAAAUACACAGAAAAAAUGCAUUCAGAAAUCUUCUACUGAAAAAUCCUCCAGCAAGAAAAGGAAGACAUCUAAUAAGGAUGAUGUUUCUACAGUGCUAAAAAAGCUUAUUGAAGAGCUGUUAACUCCUGAUUCUGGUGAAGUCUUGGGAGAAUCAAAUGUGUCAGAUGCUUUACUAAAUACCAGAAAAUUUUUAUAUUUCUCUGAUAUGAUAGACCAAGCUGAGAUAAAAAAUAAAGAUGCAACACAAAAUGUCAUCAAUCGAUAUUUUGACUUUGGAGAAGUUUUAUAUUUGCAAUAUAAGGAGUUAAAACCCAGCUGUGGUAAGGAUGGAGCUAAUGCUCUUGUUAAAGAAGAAGUUAGAAAACAAAUUCCUGAAAUAAAAUUUUCUGAUGAUGCUUUGCGAAAGAGAAUGGAAAGGGCUGGGAAAGUUUAUAAGCUUUUUAAUAGCAUUGAUAGAACGAAAAUAGUAUGAAUUAGAUCUUUUCCCGCAAGGUCUAUUUUAAAUUUAUCUGAUAGUAAUGUUGAUCGUGUCAUUGCUGGAGUCCUGAGAGCAGAACGGAGUUAGAUAUUACUGCACCACAUUAUUGCGCAAUUAGUGGACACGCAUGUCCAGGGUUUUCAUUUUUGAGUAAUUAUGCAUAAAUAAUAAUAAAGUUUUAACCAUAAUGGGCUUUGUUUUU